GUCCGAUAGGCAACCCAACAUGGAAAUGGGUGUAAUGAAAAGAACAUCAUACCAGGACCUCAAUAUUGCAUAUUAUACGAGCGGUUCUGGUCGAAAGGCACUUGUAUUCAUUCAUGGCUGGAGCUGCAGCAGCGUUCUCUGGGGUAGACAGGGGGCUCUCUCUCGUCAGCAUCGAGCCAUCUUCAUAGAUCUGCCUGGUCAUGGCAAAAGCAGUGCACCUCAAACCGAGUACAGCCACGAGUUCUUUGCUCGAGCUAUCAAGACAGUCCUCGAGAAUGAAGAUCUGGCCCAGUGCGUUUUGGUCGCGCACAGUCUGGGUGGGCCUAUUGCGACAAUGCUUCUUCGUCUUUACCCAUCUACUGUGGCUAGUAUUGUUUAUGUGGACUCAUUCUUCAUCAAUUCAGAAAACUAUCUUCCUGAAGUUGAUAGAAAGAAGUUGGUGGAGCGGCUUCGAGACGAUGAAUAUUUUGAAGCGAAAAUUGAAGGAUUCGGGACCGAUCGCACCACAGCGGAAAUGCGUGCUGCAAUCCGUAGCACAAUGCUAAGAACAAAGACACACGUUCGGGUCAAUGCAAUCACUACAAAUUUUCUACCGCAUGCGUGGCGGUGGGAAGAUGUGUAUGAUAUACCGGACCUGCUUAUCACAACUCCAAGAUUGGCAAAGAUAGAUCAACAGUGGUUACACCACCUGCCGCUGUUAAAGAUCUCAGUAUGGGAAGGUCACGGCCACUUUCUGUUCAUGGAAGAUUGUGAUAGAUUCAACGCAGAGGUUCAGGAGUUCCUCGAAAAGCACUCGUUAGGGUAAAACUUGGACAUUCAAUAAAGACAAUGCAGCUGGUUGCCUCUGCGGAGUUUUGGUCUACAUACAGCUGGCUUAAUACAUACAUAAUGCAAAUUUUUGAAGCUUUUAAGGCCCC